AUGGCGCCGCCAGGCGGCGCUGUUUUGAGUAUUCCGAAAUUUGCUGAAAGCCAAAGAAACUUGCCUAUUAUUUGGGUAGACAUUCCCAAUAUAUUAUAUACGCUAAAUACCAGCGACAGCUAGCUAACACUUAGCGCAAUGAACAAUAGAGACAGAAAAGUAGUUUCCCCACCAAUAAACUAGCUAGCAUGGCCAGUGUAAACGGAUAUAGCCUAGCUAGCUAACGUUACCGCAGCCAACAAGACUUAGUGUCUUCGCAUGAAUGAAGAACUAACGGCAUCCAAUGAUUCAAAGGAAAGCAUCACUCACUGUCCGACCUACAGCACAGGAGUACGCUCAGCCCGGCGCAGAAACAUGUUGCUUCACAAACCGUUUGUUUGGGUCCUGUCAGUCCUGUGUGCCACUGACGUGUGUUGGGGAUUUGCCUACGACCGGCCCCGACGCUCCGGAGAGGACGGGACUCCAGCCAGGACAGAGUCCCGCUCUGCGCCUCAGUACGUGGCCACCUCCGGCUCCUGCAGGAACCGGUGCUUUGAGCUGCUGGAGCUGGAGCCGCCAAACUGCCGCUGUGACAACCUGUGUAAGACGUACAGCGGCUGCUGCUCGGACUUUGAUCAGCUCUGUCUCCGGACAGAGGGGGGUUAUGAGUGCAGUAAGGAUCGCUGUGGGGAGACUCGGAAUGAACAACAUGCCUGCCACUGCUCUGAUGACUGUCUGGCCAGAGGAGACUGUUGCACCAACUACAAGUCUCUGUGUAAAGGGGACAGUUCAUGGCUGCAGGAUGAGUGUGAGGAGAUCAAGACAGCUGAAUGUCCUGCUGGGUUUUUGCGCCCACCACUCAUCAUGCUAUCAGUGGAUGGAUUUCGAGCUUCUUAUAUGAAGAGAGGAAGCACUGUCAUACCCAACAUCGAGAAACUGAGAACAUGUGGAUCCCAUGCUCCAUACAUGAGGCCUGUUUACCCGUCAAAAACCUUCCCCAACCUCUACUCACUGGCUACGGGUCUUUACCCAGAGUCUCAUGGUAUCAUCGGCAACUCCAUGCAUGACCCGCUGUUUGAUGCCACCUUCACGCUGAGAGGCCGAGAGAAACUCAGUCACCGCUGGUGGGGAGGACAGCCAAUCUGGAUCACAGCACUCAAACAGGGAGUGAAGGCUGCCACCUUCUUCUGGCCUGUUGCUAUCCCAUUGGAGAGGCGCAUACUGACCAUGCUGCAGUGGCUCCACCUCCCUGAAGCAGAGAGGCCCUACGUUUACGCCAUGCACUCUGAACAACCAGACGUAUAUGGACACAAAAUGGGACCCAUGAGCAUAGAAUUGAACAACCCUCUGAGGGUGAUUGACAGAAUUGUUGGCCAACUGAUGGACGGACUUAAACAGAUGAAACUACACCGUUGUGUCAACAUCAUCCUGGUGGGGGAUCAUGGUAUGGAGGAAGCCCACUGUGAUCGCACCGAGUUCCUCAGUAACUACAUGACCAACGUUGAUGACAUCAUCCUUAUCCCGGGGUCUCUAGGCAGAAUACGCUCAAGAUACCCCAAUAACCCGAAAUAUAACCCCAAGGCUGUUGUUGCAAAUCUAACAUGUAAAAAGGCAGACCAGCACUUUAAGCCGUACUUGAAGCAGCACCUGCCUAAGAGACUGCAUUACGCCAACAACCGACGCAUUGAAGACAUUCACCUGCUGGUGGAGAGGAAGUGGCACGUUGCCAGGAAAGCUCCGGAAGGGAAGAGGCACUGUGGCUUCUCUGGGGACCAUGGCUAUGACAAUAAGAUCAACAGCAUGCAGACUAUUUUCUUGGGGUAUGGACCUACAUUUAAAUUCAAGACUAAAGUUCCAGCCUUUGAAAACAUUGAGCUUUAUAAUGUCAUGUGUGAUCUUCUGGGUCUGAAACCAGCUCCUAAUAACGGAACCCAUGGCAGUCUGAACCACCUGCUGAGAAACCCACCCUACAAGCCCACCAUGCCGGAGGAGGUUUCCAGGCCAGUGGCCUCUGGUCUGGUUGAUGGGGGAACAGAGGACCUGGGCUGCAGCUGCGAAGACAAGUUGCGUGUAAAAAGUAGGGGCCAGAGAGGUUUGAAAGUGACCCUUGUACGAGGCUAUAACCUGGAGUCACUCUGGCUCUGUCUCUUACAGAACAAAGUGGAGGAGCUAAACCAGCGACUGAGGCAAGCUAUUGAUGACAGCAGGAACCUGCCGUACGGUCGGCCUGCUGUACUCUUCCGUACCAAAUACUCCAUCCUCCACCACAGUGACUUCAUCAGCGGCUACAGCGAGGCUCUCUCCAUGCCUCUCUGGACAUCCUACUCCGUCAGCAGACAGGUGGAAGUGUCCCCUCUGCCUGAAGCCCUGUCUAACUGUGUGCGAGCUGACAGCAGAGUCCCUCCAGCCUACAGUCAGUCCUGUACCAACUACAGAUCCGACCGACAGAUCAGCUACGCCUUCCUGUUCCCGCCACAGUUAUCCUCAGCCGUAGACAAAAAAUAUGAUGCCGUCCUCAUCACCAACACCGUUCCCAUGUAUCCUGCGUUCAAAAGAAUAUGGAGUUACUUCCAGAGAGCACUGGUGAAGAAAUAUGCCACCGAGAGAAAUGGAGUGAAUGUGCUCGUUGGACCCAUAUUUGAUUACGACUACGAUGGUGUCAGCGACUCGGCUGAGAAGAUAAAAGAGUAUCUGAGUGGGACAUUACCCGUCCCCACGCACUACUUUGUGGUCCUGACCAGCUGCUUAGACUUCACUCAGGCCGCAGACUCGUGUAGCGGGCCGCUGAGCACCGCUGCCUUCAUCCUGCCACACAGAGCCAGCAACGACGAGACCUGCAACAGCUCGGAGGACGAGUCUCGCUGGGUGGAGGACCUGAUGAAGAUGCACACAGCUCGAGUCCGAGACGUGGAGAUCCUGACGGGCUUGGACCUGUACCGCAGAACAACCCGGAGCUACGCCGAAAUCCUCUCGCUCAAGACCUACAUGCACACGUACGAGAGCGAGAUCUGACGUCUGCUGGCUCUGUUCACAUUAAUGUUGCUGAUCUUUAUCAACCGUGGUGGAUGUAUGUGGUACAAGGAGGAGAUGUGAUCAUCUCUGUUACACUCUCGCUGGAUGCUACGGCUGCUGGAUGCAGCUGCAUGUUCACUGAGCAUUUGGUUUAAUCUCAUUAAUUUCAUCCAUGAAGAUCCCGCUUUAACACCACUGAGCUACUAGCUGUGGUACUGUCCACUGUAUUCUGUUGAGCAGUAGGAAAAUAUAAAGACAUCCAGGCACUCAAAUCCAAUGAAAUUACAUCAAACUAAAAAAAACUCCACAUCAGGAACAACACGACCUACAUGCAGAAUUAUUCUGGCAGACACCGUGCUUAGUUUGUCUUACUUUAGUAUGCAGUUUUUAUAAGCAAAGGGUAUAUACAGUAUAUACUGUAAAAAUAAAGGGCUGAAUUGAAUCUAUACCAGUUAUUUUGUGUCAUAAUGUGUAAAUAUCAGACAGGUCAUUAAUGGUCAAGUUUCCUUGGGUUCAUGGC